GACCGACUCUGAGUCUGUUGUUUCUCCCCUGGUGUAGGAACUGGAGGAGGCUUUGCAUAGGAAUGAUGUGGAAUUUCUCAGUGAGCUGGUGGCCUGUCUUCUGCAGGGCUGUUACCAACGGCGGGAUAUCACUUCGCAGACGUUCCAUGUGUACCUGGAGGACAUUAUCAACUACCGAUGGGAGAUGGAAGAAGGGAAACCCAACCCCCUUAGGGGAACAACUUUUCACCAAUUGGAACUGCGCCCCAGGCUGGAGAUCCUCCACCGGCUCUGCGACUACAGACUGGACGCCGACGAUGUGUUUGACCUGCUCAAGGGUUUGGACGGAGACAGCCUGCGCGUGGAUCCUCUUGGGGAAGAUUCUUCUGGGAAUUUAUACUGGUAUUUCUAUGGAACCCGACUGUAUAAGGAGGAGCCUUCCGGGGAAAAGAGACAGCGACUUCUGGAGCAGGCAGCCAAGAUCCAAGACAAGCCAGUAAGGAAGAGGGGUCGCCCACCUAAAAAGAAGAAGCCGUCGGAAGAGCCUUUGGUCAGUGAGAAAACAGACACAAAGCCCCGAGUUCUGGCAGAAAUAUCAGAAGAGAAGAAAGACUGUGCCCCCGGCGAGGGCUCCUGGUCUCUCCUGUGUCAGACGGAGCAGGAAUGGAGGGAAGUCACUGACAGCUUCAGGGAUAAGGUGUCCCACAAUGAGUGUCAGCUCUACAAGCUCCUGAGCGAGGAAUUUCUUCCAGAAAUCUGUGACAUGAUCUCCCAGAAGGAAACAAAGAUCCAAAAGGAACAAGCUGAGAUUGCAUCCAAGCAGUUAUCUGAACAAGCUGGGCUCCGGGAUCCAGAGCAGGAGCACAAUUGUGUGGGAGGUCCUGAGGUAGAUGAGGAAAGGCGCCUCCUGCUGGCUGUGCAGAGGAAGGAACAAGAGCUUCUGCUGAAGGAAGAGAGGAAGAGAACUUUGGCCGAGAGAGUGAAGUCUGUGGAAGAACGCGCCCAGAGGCGGAAACUGAGGGAGGAACGAGCUUGGCUUCUGUCCCAGGGCAAACAGCUCCCCCGGGAACUCCGACACCUGGAACCCAGGUCCCCUCUGGGAACGGACUAUGGAACUGGAGACCUAUUUGGCUUUGAGUUGGAUGAUCAUUACACAGCAAUGUAUAAAGUUCUGUACGCAGUCAAAGCUCACAAGGAUUCGUGGCCAUUCUUGGAACCAGUCGAUGAAUCCUAUGCCCCAAAUUACUACAACAUCAUUACGUGCCCAAUGGAUCUGUCCAGGGUGGAGCAGAGGCUCUGUUCCGGGUAUUAUCUCACCAAGGAGCAGUUUGUCAAUGACAUGAAAACCAUAUUCCGGAACUGUGCCAAGUACAACGGCCAGGACAGUGAAUACACAGAGAUGGCGGAAAACCUGGAGCGCUGCUUUAAGAAGGCCAUGCUCAAGCACCUUCCCGAGGAUGAGGGGGAAUCUGACGGAGAAACCUGGAUUCACAUGGAAGAGGAGAGGCCUGCGAAGAGGAAGAGUCUGGGGAGGCGCUCGAAGGCGGGGGGCUGGCAGAAAAGCAGAGAGGCUAGUGGGAGGAAUAGGCAAUCGAGUGAAAGCAGCAGGGCCAGUCCUUCCACACCGAGACCAGAGGAGAGUGAGAGUCAUUAUGAUCCUCCUGCUAUAGCAUCAUCAUACCCUCACCAGCUGCACUAUGGGGGCAUGCCCCGGCAAUCCCUACAUCCAAGGGACAUGUCGUCGGCCCCAGGGAUGCAUGCGCCUCUGAGGAGUUCGGAGCCUGGUCUCAGUCACGGAGCACUUAGAUUUCCAGAACCGCAACUUGGAGAUCCUGUACAGCAAACCCAAAGCUACAGAACUCAGGCCUCCCCUGAUGUUCCUGAAGCAUCGGACAGUAACCCAGCCAAUUUCAGACAUUCCCGGCGUACCCACAUCCCACCCAACUCUGCCAGAAUGAGUACCCCCUCACAGGAAGGCGGGCGCCUGUACCCCCAAGCACAAUACCCCAUGGGGUACAUGCCUCAGAUGAGACCUGGUCUCCCAGAGGGUAGGGUCACCCCUCAAGGAACUGUCUCUGUCCCAUUUAAAAUUGGGCAGCUGCCUGCUGCUUGGAAUGGAAAUUGCCCUCCAAGGCCCCAACACUUUGCGCCUCCUAUGGACCCUUGCAUGGUGAGACCACCGGACUCCAUGUACAAUGGGAGCAAUACAUUUGGAUCAGCUGGAAACUCCAUGAUGGACAGUCCGGAGAUGGUAGCCAUGCAGAAACUUUCAUCCCUUGCUGGCCCUCCAAGCUCUGCCUACCCCUCACCUCUAGGGCCCUCACCCUAUCCUCCCCCUGGGGCACCUGGAACAAUGAAUGGGGCAUUCUAUCCUGCCGUGGAUAGAACACAUACAGCCGCUUCUGGAGAUAAAGCUUUGUCACCGGGGGAUCCCAAACCUGAGGCUCCUCCCACGCAGACCCUGCAGAUGAAUGGGGAUGUUGAUCAAUCGCCUGUGCCCCAAGUCCCCCCUCCAAACCAAGGAAAUCCAGCCAGUGGCACCUUGAGAGACCAGGAAAAGCCAUGGGGUCCCACGGAUGUCACCCAGGAUGUUCCUACUGCGCCCAACCCAGCACCCCACCAGGGCCCAAAUGAUGCUGUGGAUAACAGGAAUGUGGUGGAAGGGACAGCAGACGUAGGGCAGUCUAAGGAAACGGUAGAGAAGACCCCAAAGACUGAGCCUUUAACAGGCCCUCGGAAGGAUGUGUUUCACCCCCAACCAGGGGCAGAGACUGGCAGUAAUUUGGCCUCGUUGUUAUCCAGUGGGGGCAUUAAACAAAGUUAUGGCCCUCCCCGCAAUCCUGGGGCUGUUAGGCCUCCAGGCUCAUAUCCUCCACAUUUUCCAUCUCAGAGAUUUGGUAAUGGAAAUCCUCAAAUUGCACCAGGGUCGUAUCCCAGAUACCCCCAUCAGGACCCAUUGUAUCCUUACCAACGGCACCCACAUCCUCCCUAUCAGCUGAAUCAGCGCCCUCCUUAUUACCCUCAGGAAUAUCCACGCUGGCCCCAGCCUCCUCCGCAGAGAGGAACCUAUCCCCACCCAGGUGCCCCCCAAAAUAUGCAGGGAAUGGGGGAACUGAGGAGCUUGCUAAUGUCCCCUCUCCUGGAGGGUGGGCCCAAGUCAAUGCCAGGGGAAGCCAAAGUGCAGGAAGGACAAACGAGUGAAGGAGGACAGACAGACAGGCCCGAGAGCCCCAAACAAUUCCUGGACUUGGACAGUCACAAGAGACAGUGUGGGAAUUUUGGGUAUGGAGGGCCGCAGCCUUGGGGGAAUGGUAACUUCCGCCCCCACCCUAACAUGAUGCCGCAGCCUCCGUAUGCAUCUCAGCACCAUUACCCACCUCAAGCGUCCCCCCAGCUACCUGUGCAUGCCACGCGGCCCCCAGCUCAAGGUCACACUAAUGGCCACGCUGCUCUGCGGCCCGGCUUCCCAAAUCUGGAUCCCAACAGAGGACACUUUCAGGCUGUCAUGAUGGAGCAAAGUGGCAACCUGCCCCCUUUCCAGAAUAUGUACCGGCCCCAGCGAAUGCCGUUCCAAAUGCAGCCUCCAGCCUUCCCCAGAGCAACUGCACAGGUGGACAUGGUACCGAAACCCCCAUCCAUGCAGAAUGACCAGCAGGCAACUUGUGAGUGAAUCUCGGAAACAUCGGGGGCUCAUUCCAGUAGAAGCGUUGGCUCAUGAUCCCAUAGCCUUGGCCUGUGCCUUCAGGUAGCCUCUUCCAAGUACCCUCCACCCCACUCGGCCACUGCAGGACCUUGCUGAUAUCUUACACUGUAACUCGGAACAAGCCUGUCCUUCCCAAGCGGCACAGAGGACAGGGCAUCUCAGGAAAUUCAAGGGCCAUUGUUCUUGCACCUACUCGCUUCUGUUUACACCCUCCGUUCUGCUGCUUUUUUGUGUUUUUUCUCUGUUUCAAUUAUUUUUAUUUUCUGGUUUUGAUGAGUGUUUUGUACAUAAUUUGCCCCCCAUUCCCUAAUGUGUCUGAUUUGAGUUCUUCUGUGGGUGAAGUAAAUCAUUAAGGCUGUGCGUCCAGUUAGUUCCCCUUUAAGACACGCUGCUAUUUCGGGAGAUUAGUCGUCCAGCGACAAAUCGAUGUUUGUUCGUGCGACUAAUCUCCCCGAACUGCCUUCCCGCUGGCUAGAAUGUAGAUCACCGGCGGGAUGGCAGUUCGGGGAGAUUAGUCGCCCAAAGUAGAAGCAAUUUGUCACCGCAACGUGUCUGCUCUAAAGGAGAUCAAUCUGGAUAAAAUAUCAUAAUCAUAGUUUUCUUCUUUUUGGGUCGCUUUCCCCUUUAAAAUCGGUUUGCUUUGGAGAGUUUUUAGAAUAUGGUGCUUAUCCCUUUAAUGAGUCUGAUCAGUGGCCAUUGCUGUGAUGAGUUACAGGCACUAAUGAUAUUAGCUGUGUUUGCUUGCUGAGGAUGAUGGGAACUGUAUGCCAGGAAGACGCUGGUAUUGGCAUUUUAUGGUUGUAGAAUCCCCUGUAUUGGAGUUGUACAAGUACAGCUGUUUUCUAUCAGGAAGGAGGCUGGGAGUUGCAGUUCGAAGAUUCCCGCAGCACCAAUGUGACCAGUUGCAUCGUGCUGCAUUUGUAUGAAAUAUGUCAUGUGACCAGGGUGAUGCACUGUCCCUCCUCUCUGACUCCUGAGCAGUCUAACAACGACCAACCUGAAAGAGAACGGGACUGUCUGCUACAUUUGCUCAAGAGUCGGAACCAGAAAGCAGAUGGAUAUCAAUAUACUGCUUUUAAACUCAAUGGCAUUGACAGAUACAUUUAAAGCCACUGGGAAAGUGAAAUCGCAAUCCAUGUACUGGACUCGUUUAUUAAAAAAAAAAAAAAAAAGACAAUUCUAUGAAUUUUUUUAACUUUUGAAAAUAUUAAAUAUCAGACUGACUAAGCUCAUCAUCAUGAAUUAUUCAUAAUAGCGCCAGCUGAUACGCUCCUGGCGAUUUCCAGCGCAGAGAAACGCCGCAGGCUCCUCCCAGAAAAUGUGAAAUUUUCUUUUUUUUUAAUUUAUUGCUUUUUACAAAUGUGUAUAUUUUGGAAUUUUUUUUUUUGUUUUUUCAAUGAACUCGUUCCACACAACCACUCAUUACCUCAGCAGUCGGCGUGAAGUGUGAUAAAUAAUUGUGGGGGGGGGGGGGGUUUGGAUCUGUUUUGACUGACAUUUGAAUUAAUUUUUUUUUUUUUUUUAAUGUAUAAUGAAGAAGAUGAAUGCGCCAGGGAAUAGUGGAUUUUCCACACGGAUUUGUUCAUUUUGUAUAAAGAUGAGUUGUUAGAAUAAACCGUGCUAAACAA